AUGGCCUCAAGCGGCAUCGACUAUGUCCAGAAUGGGCCCCUCGACAAAAAGGUCGUGUCUGUCGACGAAGAGAAGAGCUUCGAACCUCGCCGCAGCGAUUCGGUUGGCUCUGUAAGACUCGUUCACGACAAUACCCACCGAAAGCUCAAGAGUCGACACAUCCAGCUCAUCGGUAUUGGUGGUACUAUCGGAACUGCCCUCUAUGUCCAAAUCGGUCGGGGCUUGAUGAACGGCGGCCCAGCGUCGCUGUUCAUUGCCUUCUCCUUGUGGUGCACUGUGAUCUUAGCGGUCACUGUCAGUAUCGCCGAAAUGGUCACCUUUCUGCCAAUCUCGUCGCCCUUUAUUCGGUUUGCCGGCCGCUUUGUCGACGAUGCUUUCGGUGUUGCUGCUGGCUGGAAUUUUUUUAUCUUCGAGGCUGCACUCGUGCCAUUUGAGAUAGUGGCUUGCAAUGUCAUUAUCAAUUUCUGGAGCAAUGCGGUGCCUGUUGGUGCAAUCAUUGCCAUCGUCAUCGUCCUCUAUGGUGUGAUCAAUCUGAUGGCCGUGAAAUGGUACGGUGAGACCGAGUUCUGGGCUGCCGUCGGCAAAGUCCUGCUCAUCAUCGGUCUCCUUAUCUUUACUUUCAUCUCCAUGUUGGGCGGAAACCCCGAGAAAGACCGCUAUGGAUUCAGGUACUGGAAGAAACCCGGUUCUUUCGCUGAGCUGUACUACACGGGCGACCUGGGCCGCUUCUUGGGCUUUUUGCAGUGCUUGAUUCAGGCCUCCUUCACCAUCGCUGGCCCAGACUACGUCUCUAUGGCGGCCGGAGAGACCGAGAACCCAAGAAAGGUCAUGCCUCGUGCCUACAACGCCGUCUUCUACCGUCUAACGGCGUUCUUCGUUCUCGGUUCCCUGGCUGUCGGCAUCAACGUCCCAUACAACGACCCUGAGCUGAAGGCCGCCUUCGCUGAUGGCAAGCCCGGAGCUGCCGCUUCACCCUACGUCGUCGCCAUGAACAGGCUUCGAAUCGAGGUCCUGCCACACAUCGUCAACGCUGGUGUGCUUGCUUCUGCCUUCUCUGCCGGUAACUCGUACGUCUACUGUGCGUCGCGCUCCCUCUUCGGUCUCGCGCUCGAAGGCAAAGCCCCAAAGGCCCUCACCAAAUGCACCAAGCAGGGUGUGCCAUACCUCUGCGUCGCCGUGGUCCUCGCCAUCUCGCUGCUAUCGUUCCUGCAGCUGAGCGAAAACUCCGCCGUCGUCCUCAGCUGGUUCGUGAGCUUGGUGACGGCCUCGCAGCUCAUCAAUUUCUCCGUCAUGUGCUACACGUUCCUGUGCUUCUACAAGGCGUGCAAGGUGCAAGGCCUCGAUCGCAACACGCUGCCCUACACGGGCAUCCUGCAGCCGUACGCAGCAUACUACGCGCUGACAGCGACCUUCAUCAUGACGUUUGUCGGCGGCUACACGGUGUUUCUGCCGGGCUACUGGGACGUCCCUACCUUCCUCUUCUCCUACAUGAUGGUGUUCCUCUUCCCCAUCAUCUUCCUCGGGUGGAAGUUCAUCAAGAAGACCAAGACGGUCAAAGCGCACGAAGCGGAUCUCGUCACCGAUCUGGCUGAGAUUGAAGAGUACCAUCGUAACUUUGUGCCGACGGUCGAGACUAACUGGUUCAACAAGAUGCUGGACAAGCUGUUCGGUUAA